AUGGUUGACCAGAACCAACGUCCCGGAAAGGUUGCUACCAACAACAAGGUCGCAGCCGAGUCCUCAUCUGCUGCUCCUGCCUCUCGAUCUGCUCAUCGAGCUCCCCUCUCUCAAUCAGCUUUCAACCCCGGAAGCCCAACAAAGGUCGACAUCACAUACGUCCGCUUACCAGGCGCAUCUGCCGAUAUCACCUUAUCCGCAACUGGUGCGACUUUGAACAAGUACAAGUCCACCAAAUCCACCUACAGCAAUGGGUUGGCAACAUACGUAAAGGCGUAUCCCUUCCAAAACCAGGGUUUCGACUUCGUCGCCCACUUCAUGAAGGCUAUGUCGCCCGCUGACAGAGUUGACUUCCUCGCCGCCAAUUGGGUUGAGGUAGUCGUCGAACUUCGAGCAUACUUCGCAAAUGCCAGUAACGUCGUCAACCAGUUGGCCAAACUUGGACCGGAGUUCACGGAUCACAUCAAGAACCUUGACAUCAAGCUCAAGCUUCCACCUUUGGCCGAACUAUCGAAGAUGACCCUUGCGCUCUUGCCAGCUUCCGCAGGCUACAAGCUCAUUGAGGAAGUCGUCCAGGAGAUCUUCCAGUUCCCCGCCAUCGGACGAAUGAACGUGGUUCUGUGCAUCCCUCACAGUAUUCAAGAUGGCAUUCAUGACCAGCACUUGAGUCAUGCUCUGCCCUUCUUUCCUAUGAGCUUCACUGGUUGGAAUGUAGAUAUCCAGGCUCAAGGCAUGUACAAGCCUAAGCUGAUUCUCAGGGAGGACCUGAAUUCCCUCAAUGGACUUCGUGCUAUCGAGGUCAAGCGCAAGGAGGAUGAGGAGCUUCGGGUGCUAAAUGCUGUAUUUGUACGUCACAGCAUUUACGAACCAGAGACUCUUACCUAA